GCACUUCUCCAGAGCAGAGAAGUAUCUUUCGGUGACUGUAUCUUCCCCUCUACAUAAGCCAGCUUGCCACAUCCAGCCAGAAGAAUGGGGGAAAGCACCGUGGCAGGGGUUCUGAGGUUAAACACCUCAGUCUCGGGGAUGGUGGUCACAACAAAUCCACUGGACAAAACCGAGCCUGGGAGUUUCAACAGCAGGACCCUGGUCCCAAACUUGAUGAUCGUCAUCUCAGGACUGGUUGGACUGACAGGAAACGCCAUUGUGUUCUGGUUCCUGGGCUUCCGCUUGCGCAGGAACGCCUUCUCCGUCUACAUUCUAAACCUGGCGGUGGCUGACUUCCUAUUCCUCCUCUGUCACAUCAUAGACUCCACGCUGCUUCUUCUCAAGUUCUCCUAUCCCAACAUUAUCUUCCUCCCAGCCUUUAAAACGGUCAUGAUGGUUCCCUACAUAGCAGGCCUGAGCAUGCUCAGUGCCAUCAGCACCGAGCGCUGCCUGUCUGUCCUGUGCCCAAUCUGGUAUCGCUGCCGCCGCCCGAAACACACAUCAACUGUCGCGUGUGCUGCGAUCUGGACCCUGUCCAUAUUGAUCAGCAUUCUGAACCGGUAUUUUUGUGGCUUCUUAGAGGACAAAUUCGAAAAUAACAACCGGUGUCUGGCAUCUAACUUCUUCACUGCCGCGUGCCUGAUAUUAUUGUUUGUGGUCCUCUUUCUGUCCAGCCUGGCCCUGCUGGCCAGGUUGUUCUGUGGUGCUGGUCGGAUAAAGCUCACCAGACUGUAUGCGACCAUCAUGCUCACCGUGCUGGUUUUUCUCCUCUGCGGCUUACCCUUUGGCAUCCACUGGUUCCUGUUCAUCUGGAUUAAGAAUUACGGUGUAUUAGGGUAUGGCCUUUAUCUGGCAGCACUUGUUCUGACUGCCAUUAACAGCUGUGCCAACCCUGUCAUUUACUUCUUCGUGGGCUCCUUCAGGCAUCAGCUGAAGCAUCAGACCCUCAAGAUGGUUCUCCAGAGGGCUCUCCAGGAUGCCCCUGAGACGGGUGAAAACGGAAGCAGCAUCCCUCAGGACACCACGGAGAUGUCAAACAGCAGAGUGGAGCCUUGAGGAAGAGCACUUCCUGGACCUAAGAGGUGACUUCGGAGGGAUCACCGCUCUGUGCACUUGACAGCUGGCUGCUCUCCUCUCAGCCCUGUGACCUGACACGCCUCGGUGGCUCACCAGUGUCUUCAACAGAUCACUGUUGACUUAGUUUUUUCUACCUGUCCUGAGUAAAAGUAUUUAUCUGGAAGUAUCGUGUCUUCAUCCUCCUUGACAUAAAUAAAAUUCUCAAGCUAACGUCCUCUGAAGCUUUUUUGCUGUUUCUUUGCAACUUUUGUUGCCAUGGAAAUAGCCCCUGACCAAAACCACGACUCUCUUGUUUGCGAUUGUUCUGUACCUGACAGUAAAGAUGAAAGAGCCCCAUGGUUUCCUGGGAACCACCCUCACAAGACAACACCUUCAGCAACGGCAACAGUGUUUUACACCUAUGCGAUCGUCAUCUCAUGGUGCUGAUAGUAGCCCUCCGUCGUGAGACUGCUGCACAGUUUACAGAGACAGACGCCAAGGUUCAGAUGCUGCAUUGCCUCGCACACUCCCACAGCCCUGUGAUGCAGCAGAAGAAUCCUGGGGCUCCAGUCAGCUGACCCCAGCAGUCACAGAUGUCAAAAUAACUGCGAUGUGUAUGCUAUGAGUUCUAGAUUAGGAAGAAUGGUUAGGCUAUGUCCUCAAGCUGGCCCCAAGACCACCUUAGAGCUCGUGUCCAUCCACGGAAACACAAGCAGGUAUCAGAGUUAGGAAAUAUCGUUGACCUGAUUGAUCUUAUUCCCUAAGGAAUCUGGGGCCUGUUUUCUGAACAAGGUUGUAGAAUUUGAUCUUACUGUAAUCACGACCUGAAUAUAAGAACCAUAUAAGAACCAUAGUGAUUAAGAAAGACCCAGAAAUGUAUCCUCUCCUCCAUGCCUAUAAUCAAAAUGAGCAGAUUCACCCUUACUGACAGCUGCCGGGAUUUGGAGAGGCUGCUGUGACAUGUUCUUUCUGAAUGUGGAGAUGGUACGAGUCCGGCAUCAGUAUUACUAUGACUCUGUUGGCCAUAAAAAUAGAUGUGAUUGUGUGCCUAGUCUCAGUCCCUGCUCCCAGCAGUAUAGAAGAGGUCUCCUUACACAGAGAUGCAGAUGCAACUGUCUCUGGAUCUAUUCAGAAUAAAAUGCAGAUAUGUUAAGAGUGCAACUGCUUCUGAAUCCAUCCAGAAUAAAACGCAGAUAUGUCAAGAGGAGAAUACCUCAUUUGGAACUAUGCAAUUGAAGUGCGUAAAUUGGAGAUUUCCUGGGAUGCUUGAAAUCUAAACUGAUGAUUCUACAAUUUUAACCACCGCAUAAAAGUUUCGUGGCAGGGUGGGAAAAUAAACAAUAAAAUGGGACAGAGAGGAAUUCAUUGUGGCAUUGUUAAUAAAAAUAAUAAUCAAC